UCCAUUUCCAACGACCGGGUCGCUCGACGACUCCGCCCACCCUCCCCGGCCGCCCCUCGCGAUCCCACCCCCACCCCCCGCCGAGGCGGCCGCGAGGAGGGCUACCGAUGAAGGGCGCCUCCCACUCGCAGGCGGGGGCGCAGGCGCAGGCGGGCCGGCGCCGGCGCUGGGGGCUGCUGCUGCCGCUCCUCGUCGGCGCCGCCUUCCUCGCCGAGAUCGCGUUCCUCGGCCGCCUCGACAUGGCGAAGAACGCCGAGGCCGUCGAGAGCUGGACCACCUCCUUCUACCGCCGCUCCGCCAGCUGGGGCGAGGGCGGGGGAGGCGACGAGGGCGACGACGAGAUCCGGCGGUGCCAGGAGCGGCUCGAGAGGGAGGACGCCGUGCCCUACGACCGCGAUUUCGACAGGGACCCCGUGCUCGUUGGCGGCGCUGCCAAGGAUUGGAAUAAAUGUGCUGUAGGAUGUGAGUUUGGAUUUUCUGCGAGUAAGACCCCUGAUGCUACUUUUGGAAUUGCGCCAGAUUCUUCUGUAGAAAGCAUCCUCAGAUCAAUGGAAUCAUCUCAAUAUUAUUCAGAAAACAAUAUUGAUGUGGCUCGAGGGAGAGGGUACAAAAUUGUGAUGACAACCAGCCUUUCCUCAGAUGUACCUGUUGGUUACUUUUCAUGGGCUGAAUAUGAUAUCAUGGCACCUGUGCCUCCAAAGACCGAAGAAGCUCUUGCUGCAGCCUUUAUUUCCAACUGUGGUGCACGGAACUUUCGUUUGCAAGCACUUGAGAUGCUUGAAAACUUGGAUGUGAAAAUCGAUUCAUAUGGUAGUUGUCAUCGUAACCGUGAUGGCAAAGUGGACAAAGUGGAGACUUUGAAGCGCUACAAAUUCAGCUUGGCUUUUGAGAAUUCUAAUGAGGAGGAUUAUGUAACAGAGAAGUUUUUUCAGUCGCUGGUAGCAGGUUCUAUUCCAGUUGUUGUUGGUGCUCCGAAUAUUCAGGAGUUUUCUCCGGGAGAAGGUGCGAUAUUACAUAUUAAGGAGCUUGAUGAUGUUGCUUCAGUUGCAAAGACGAUGAAAAAUAUUGCUUCAAAUCCUGAUGCCUUCAAUCAGUCCUUGAGGUGGAAGUAUGAUGGUCCGUCAGAUUCUUUCAAAGCUCUUAUCGACAUGGCAGCAGUUCAUUCAUCUUGUCGGCUUUGCAUACAUAUUGCUACAAAAAUUCAUGAAAAAGAGGAAAGGACUCCAAAAUUUACAAAUCGUCCUUGUAGCUGUUCCAGCAAAAAGGGUACUGUUUACCACUUAUUUGUCCGGGAGAGAGGACAGUUUAAGUCAGAGAGCUUUUAUCUGAGAUCGGGCCAGAUAACACUGGGUGCUUUGGAGUCUGCGGUGCUUGCUAAAUUUAGGUCCCUCAACCACGUUCCUGUAUGGAAGGAUGAAAGACCACCGAGUAUUAGAGGUGGGGACGAUCUGAAGGUAUACAAGAUCUACCCAGUCGGUCUAACACAACGUCAGGCGUUAUACGGUUUCAGGUUUAGAGAUGAUUCGGAACUUGAGCGAUACAUCAAAGACCACCCCUGUGCAAAGCUUGAAGUAAUUUUUGUAUAACUAUGCUCUAGGCAUACUUGUUUCCUCCCCAUUCUUACCAAACUUCACGGUGCUGAGUUUCGUUGUACUGUAAAUCUAGGGUGUUUUGUGUAGCGGUGAAACUGAUGCUAGUACAGAUGAUCAACCGGGUGUAAAUUUUUCAUCGAGAGACGGCAGUAAGCAGCAGUUCCUCCCUUCAGGAACAACCGCAAAGGAAUCGACACGUUUUUGUGAA